AUGUCCAAAGUUACAGAGAAAACUGCACAACCUGAAGAUCUCAACGAACAGGUGCGUAGAUGCCCGCUCUUGAUACAAGACUAUAUACGAGGAAUGAUAAACCUUUCGUUUUAUGUGUACUUUCAUGAAACAAGGGUGAGCGAUAGCGAUGCUGCUGAGAAGAAGUUUAACGAAGUGCGGACAAAAACGAGUGCAUUAAUGGAACAGACGCGGACCGCACGAUUCGAGGCAUGGGAGAAACACGGUCCUGCUGCUGUUAAGGCAUUGCUCAGCCCUCAAUUUCUGUACCAAAUGCGUGAAUGCUCCCAAAUACUCUAUGACGAUAUGAUGGAACUCAUGAGGCGAUGCAGAGACUAUCAGUUCCGCGUCUAUUCAUCCAUGAUAGCAACGCCGCGAGUCUUGAACAACUGCGUUCUUGGUUUCAUACAGAUAUACCACUUUGUCAGGAAACUACCGGUUCAGCAGCAAUACUCGAUAUCUGCGUUACAAACGCAAGUGCUAGAGAAAGAGCUGCGGAGCGAUCUUCUCGAUCCUUGGAAGGUGCAAGUGGAAAGUCUGGCCGAGAUUGCUGAUUCUGACAUGAUUUCAGAGGAAUAUUACUCGCAGCAACACAGGGUGGGCGACAUAAUCUACGACGAUCGCGACGAUGACGACAUCAAGUACAAUUGGCCGUUUUACGAAGACCGGGAAGUAGAGUCCGACGGUAGGACAUCUAGAGAGGUGUGCUAA